UCAAUGACUCGUAGAUUAAUAGCAUUUUUCGGUCAAUGAUUAAUAUCAAAACAAAAACAUCUUAUAUACUUUUGCUGUAUUAAGGAAUCAAAAGCAUGAAAAGAAACCAAACUUUACAUAAUAUUCAGUACAGAAAGUCGCGGCCACAGCCGGUAAACCGAAACAAAAAGAAGAAAUCUGCUAAUGUACCAACUACAAAUAAAUUCUGGGCGGAUAUAGAUAUACCUCCAGAUGGUCCGUUUUUAGACCCUGAAACACCAGCUAUUCUAAAUUUGGAGCAACCAAAAUCAGUAAAAGUUGGGGGUAACGUGGCUCCGCAUCAGAAGCCUAAAAUUAAACAACGAAAAGCAUCUGCAUCGGGCCCUACUAUUAACAGUGAACAAAUCAAACCAGCUCUUAACAGAGGAGAAAAUAGUAAUAAAACAUCUGUAGCCUCUGGUGAUAAUCCAUCAAGUUCUGUGGCAAUUGGGGGAUCAAAAAUGGAAGAGACUCAACAACCAAAUGUUAAUGUAAAUCAAAGUAGACAUAUUCAAGUGAAACCUUCAAUCCAAACUCAUUUCGAACCUGAGAGCCCAUCUCAGGCCAAUAAGAAAGAUGCAGUUGUUUUAUACACCAUAAACCCUCAGAAAAACGUAACAUUUACAGUGUUACAACCAACUGACGACUCCGCCGCCUACAACACUCAGAGACAGAGAUAUUCAUCUUAUGGAGGUUUCACACACUCUCGUCCUAAAGGUAUCCCGAAGAGCUUUUUGAUGCAACAAAAUCAAGACCCUGGGAGAAUGAUACAGCAUAAUAUUCAAACUAUACAAAGGAUUCCACCGACGAUGAAUUGGUCAGGACAACCCAACACGCCAACAGCGCCUAGCUAUAACGAGGAAGUUCCAGAACAGCAGGCGCAGCUGUAUGUAGAGACGUCGCAGUGCUCGCCCGUUAUCCCGCAGCCCUACUCGCCUUCUGAUAUCUAUAUGAAUGAUAUUUCUGACAACAUUAAUAACGAAAACGAUGCCAGCCAAGACAGCAACGAAGAUGUGGAGUUCCAGGAGGCGGGUGGAAGUCACAAGCGGCUGAGCGCGUUCCAGCGGUUGGGUCCCCUCACGCAGCCCAAGAAACCUAAGUUGACCAUCAACCUGCUCUGCAACAAGAAGGAGUCUGUCAGAGAAGUUUUGGAUUUGACUAACGAAAACCGGGAACCGGAGUACGUACCAGUGCACCUGAGGCAAGACGUGAUCACCAGCACCGAUGAGACUGUCAUGAAGAACCUAAUCAACUGGCCUUGGAAGAAGACCGUGCCGGUGCAGAAAUCUGUCACAGCCAGGCAAUCCAAGUCGGUUAUGAUUCUGGAGCAAGAACAAAUGGAAUCGCACUACGAGAAAGACAACCAGUUUAUUCAAGUCAGUAUAAAAGGAUACCCUCCCACGUGGAAAAAGGAGAAAGUACUGGAUGCACUUUUACACAAUCUGGAAGGAAAAAGCUUCAUACCUUGUUUUAUAGAGUUCACACCGCAGGAGUGCAAGUUCUUAGUAAUCCGGAGCCGCGAGGCGCUGCUGACCAUACACAAGAUGGGCUUCGUGAUUCACGUGGACGGGCAGCGGCUCAUCCUGCACAUCCAGGCCACUACGCUCACGCUCAACCAUCUGGACUUUAUCCCGCGGAUCGUGCUCAAGAAGAGGCUCGCCGCCGAAUACGACGGGCGCGGCGGCCUCUCGCUGCGGGAGUUCACGCUGCAGCACGACGUGAGCCACUUCAUCUACUUCCCGCUGAACAGACCCACCAACCAGGCCGAGCUGUGCCAGCUGCAGAGCGGCAUCGUGUGGGAGUACCUCACCAAGCUCGACCUCUCGCACAACAGAAU